CUAACAUGAACUACUCGCAAGACUCCUCGAGUAACAAUUAUAAUUUGAGUAAUAGUACUAUCGUUAUUAAUCUCUUCGAUAAAUAUCCUCCUGAGUUACUGUACUUUGCAGCAGCUUGUUGCAUCUGCUUCGUUGUUAUUGGAGUGCCUGGGAAUAUCAUCACUAUUAUCGCUCUUCUCAAAAGUCCUCGAUUGAGGAAUGCAACGUCAGCAUUCAUCAUCAAUCUAUGCGCUGCCGAUGGAUUUUACUGUGCCUUCACUCUUCCACUUGCUACCUCCACAUUUAUACACAUGACAUGGAUAUAUGACAACUAUCUCUGCAUGAUUUAUCCGUUGAUACGUUACUCUAAUGCUACAGUAUCUGUUUUGACAAUUAUGGCCAUUACCAUUAACAGAUACGUUAUCAUCGUCCAUCCGAAAAUUUACUCUAGGAUCUAUACUAAAAUUAGCAUUUCUAUCAGCAUUGUCUGCAUCUGGUUGGUAUCUUUUCUCCUUUUGGUGCCCACAGUUCUCGGUAUUUGGGGAAAAUUCGCAUUUAAUCCCCAAGUGGGCACUUGUACCAUGGUUAAUGUGAAUGGUAAAUCUUCCAAAAACUUUCUUUUUUUUAUGGCAUUUUGUGCACCCACUUUGGUGUUUGCAUUCUGUUAUUCGAGGAUUUAUUGGGUCGUCAGAAAAUCGGAAAAAAGUUUGCAGGCGAGAAGAAAAAUAAUAAAAGAAGAAGAGAGAAGCAUCUGCAGCAAAUUAAAUUGCUGUAGAACAGAGAAGAAAACUUCAAAAAUUCAGGAAAACCGGAAAACUUCGAAAGAUUUAAAACUGUUGAAGGUAAUUCUGGUGAUAUUUUUGGCUUUUAUCUUCUGUUACGUUCCUUUGAUAAUAGUUAAAAUCUUUAGAAAAGAAGAAAGUUUACCUAUUUUGAACAUUAUAGGAUACAUUGGAUACUUUUUUACCGGUUGUGUUAAUCCUAUUAUUUAUGUCAUCAUGAGCAGUGAAUAUAGAAAAGCAUACAAGGAACUAUUCAUUUGUUCUGAAAAGACUAGAAGAAAUAGAGCAGCACAUAUGAGUCACUUAUAAAAUAAUCUAUAAUUUAUACAAUAUUCUAUAUAUUUGAUAAAAG